AUGAAAUUCUCACUCGCACUUAUCGCACUCGUUGCUGUUGUUUCUGCAGUCCCAGUUAAACGCUCAGACGGUGGCUCUGGUGAAUGGGCAAACGGUGCUACAUCAGACACUGCUGCUACAUCAGGUUCAUCAGAUAACUCGGAUCAUGACCUUCUUAGAAGGGGAUUCCUUACACGUGGUGAGCACGGUGACUCUGGCGAAUGGGCAAACGGUGCUACCUCCAACACUGCUGCUACAUCUGGUUCAUCAAAGGGCUCAGAUGGCGAUCUCCUCAAGCGUGGCAUUGACUUGAAGCGUGGUGAGCACGACGGUGACUCAACCUGGGCAAAUGGCGCCACCUCCAACACUGCUGCUACCUCUGGUUCAUCAGAGAACUCAGAUCAUGACCUCCUCAGAAGAGGACGCCUUACACGUGGUGAGCACGGUGACUCUGGCGAAUGGGCGAAUGGUGCUACCUCCAACACUGCUGCUACAUCCGGCUCAUCAAAGGGCUCAGAUGGAGAGCUUCUUAGAAGAGGAGUAGUGAAGCGUGAUGAGUGGGCUAACGGUGCCACCUCAAACUCUGCAGCUACCUCAGGUGAAUCUGAGCAUUCAGAUCAUGAUCUCCUUAGAAGAUCUGGCGGUCCAGGGGGCUCAGGUACAUGGAACUACGGCACAACCAAAUCAUCCCACGCUGGUUCAGGUAGCUAUGAAAACAAGAAAGGCGAGCUUCUCAAGCGCGACGAUAAGGGAUCUUCAGGUACAUGGAACACCGGUGCAACAAAAUCAACCUCAGCUGGAUCAGGUACCUGGGAAGGCAAAGGUGGCGAUUUGCUCUAG